AUGUCUCCUUCUCUCUCGGCUCCUCCAGUGAAGCCUCAAAGCAGACUCAACGCGAUCUUGAAUGACCUUGCCCAGCAGUGCAAAAUCUCGCCAGAGCAAAUACAGGAUGUCUAUCCCUGUACUCCGCUUCAGCAGGGUCUAACAACACUCUCGGAGACCUCGUCAGGGGCAUACAUGGCACAGCAUGUCUAUACCCUGCAAAAAGAUGUCGAUCAGGAACGCAUGGCACAUGCAUGGAAUGCAGUAGUCCAGAGGCAUCAAAUCUUGCGCACUCGCAUUCUUCUGAUCGGAGAAAAUGCCAUGCAGGUGGUUUUGAAAAGGGAAGUGGACCAGUGGGGCGACUGCAGCGAUCUACACGCAUAUCUGAGCGCUGAUCAAGCGACUCCAUUGCAAAUAGGACAGCGAUUGUCGCGAUUAGCAAUCUCCAAAUCGCAUCUGGUUUGGAGUGCUCACCACAGUAUCUAUGACGGAUUCUCUGUUGAACUGAUUCUGCAAGAUGUGGCAACUGCCUAUUACGAUCGCGAGCUUCCACCUCGGCCGUCAUUUCGUCAUUUUAUCGAACGCACAUUUCAAAAGACGAAGAAAGAACAGACUGAAGUAUUCUGGAAGUCAAAGCUGGGCCAUAUUGAGAAAAUCAGCGCGUUUCCUCGAUUGCCUAGCUCUAGCUAUCGGCCUAAGCCCAACAGUAUCUACCAGCAUGAGGCGACUUUGUCCAUCGAUGGCCCCUCCAGUGUGACUAUGUCGGCAAUUGCCAACGCAGCCUGGGCAUUGGUCCAAUCCAGCCAUCUUGGAAAUGCAAGAACCACAUUUGGAACGACGCUCAGCGGAAGAAAUACCAAUGUGACGGAUAUUGAGAAAGUUGUUGGUCCUACUCUUGCUACGGUGCCCGUUUGUCUUGACACUAGGCGCAACCUGGCUGUCAAAGACUAUCUCCAAGCGACCCAGUCAUACUUCACGGAAAUGAUUCCGCAUCAGCACAUAGGCCUACAGAACCUGAAGAAGCUGAGCCCAGCUAUCGCAGAGAUUUGCGAUUUCCAGACCCUUUUUGCAUUCCAGCCUGCAGGGACAAGCGACUCUCAGCGACCAUACGGAGAUCUGCUCCUGGUUGAGACCAAGUCUGAUGUUGAUGCUUCUUUUUACAACUAUGCACUUACAGUGCAAUGCUCCUUGGGUAGAAGCGGGGCUUUCAAAUUGUUAGUCGCGUAUGACAACACUGUGAUCUCGGAAGUGGCGAUUGAACGGCUUACCCUGCAAUUCGAGCACAUUGUCUCGCAAUUAAUGACCAGCAACGGGUCUGAGAAGUUAAAAGACAUCGAUCUAGUUUCUCCACAUGAUCUGAAGCAGCUCAAUGAAUGGCACAGCAAAGCUGUAAAGUAUCCCGAGCCACAGCCCUUGGAUGCAUUCAGCCACCAUGUUGUUUCAGCUCCAUACGCAACAGCCAUCUCGUCCUGGGAUGGUGACCUAUCUUAUGAGAAACUAGAUGUCCUGGCAUCUCGGCUAGCGGGUUGGUUGAUUCAAGCCCGGGCUGUCGUCCCAGAGACUGUUGUGCCCAUCUGUUUUGAUCGCUCCCAAUGGAUGAUCGUCUCAAUUCUGGCUGUGAUGAAGGCUGGUGGAGCCUUCCUCCUCCUUGACCCCAUCUAUCCAGAAGAGAGGCUGAAAUACAUGAUUGAGAUGGCCAAUUCAACGACAAUUCUGGUAUCAGAGUCGUGCAAGAGGAAGUUCCAAACUUUCAACGGGUUGAUACAAGCCGUGGAUUCUUCAUGGCUUGAAACAAAUACAGAUGCCACCACCGUCCUUCCGCGAGAGCGCGAAAUGCCAGCUGACCGCGCAAUGUAUCUGAUCUUCACUUCAGGGUCCACUGGUCAGCCCAAGGGUGUAGUGAUCACUCAUAGAAGUUACGGAGUAUCUGCCGCAGGUCAUAUUCCGGCUCUGGGGCUGGACUCGGCCACACGUCAGCUUUUCUUUGCGUCCCCGGCCUUUGACCUAACCAUCUACGAGACUGUAUCUUCGCUUAUGGCAGGCAGCACGAUCUGCAUCCCAUCUGAAGAAGACCGAAAUGGCAGUGUCGCGCCGAUUAUUCGGAAGAUGGAUGUGAAUAUGAUCUCGUUGACCUCUUCCUACGCCCGGCACCUUGUUCCAGAAGACGUGCCAAGUCUUAAGACACUUGCUCUUGUGGGAGAACCCCUUGCUAGGGAUGUACAGCGUGUGUGGGCGGAUAAAAUCUGUUUGGUCAACGCAUACGGACCAACUGAAUGCUCUGUGGUCGCAACUUUGAAGCGCCUGGUAACAUUGGACUCAAACACUGCCAAUAUUGGCCCACCAACAACGGGCCGAGCUUGGAUCGUAGAUCCGAAUGAUGUUAACUCCAUGCUUCCCAUUGGAGCAACAGGAGAGAUGCUCAUCGAGGGUGGUCAUCUUGGACGUGGGUAUCUGAAUGACCCUGAGAAGACGGCAUCGAGUUUCGUCUUUAAUCCCCGCUGGGCAACUAGAACACAAUCUUCCGAGCCCCGACGGUUCUACAAAACGGGCGAUCUGGUGCGUUUUGAUGAGGAUGGAUCGCUUGUCAUUGAUGGCCGCAAAGACACCCAAGUGAAAAUUCGAGGCCAGCGAGUUGAGAUUGCUGAAAUCGAAUAUCAUAUGACUAAGCUAUUCGACAAAGCCGCUGGCACUGGCGUUGAGGCUUGUAGACACGACGAUCAAGUACAGCUUGUGGCUUUUCUGUUCUGUGCUGAAGGUGCCUGGGACGGCUCAGUAGGUGCAGAUAAAGUCCUUCAGCAACUGAGCAGCGCCGCUAUUUCCAGCGUGUCAGACAUCAAAAUGUAUCUCGAGAAACUGUUACCUUUCCACAUGGUGCCAACUCGAUAUCAAAUUUGGCCAAAGAUGCCCCUCAUGGCCUCUGGGAAACUUGAUCGGAAGGCACUCCUGGCAGAGAUUCGGAGCCCCAGCCGAGGCGUCCUUGAGCUUGACGAAACGGAUGUUGAAUUCCCCGUAAUCAGGGAAACAAAUGAGGUAGCGCUGAAGCUAAAUCAGCAGAUCCUGAGCCUCACAUCUGGGGAAAAGAUAGCAUCUCUUGAGGGUCGGGAUUUUCCGUUGUCAAUUCUGGGGCUGGACUCGAUCCAAUUGAUUAGACUUGUCACCUUCAUCCGGAAAGAGUACGGGACCAAGAUGGUUGUCGGUGUAUUGUAUGACCUGAAACUCACAGUGACCAGGCUGGGAGCACUGAUAACAGCAUCGCAAUCCGACAAGAAUGAGAAUCCUCGUGGCCCAGCCCUGGAUCUCUCAAAAGAACUUCAAAGUGUCUGUAGAGAGCUAACUCGACGCUCUGAAUCAGCAAAACACAAGCGAAGGGUCUUCCUGACGGGCGCAACAGGCUUGUUAGGCUCACAGAUUCUCCGACAGUUGCUCACGGAUCCGCAUGUACAGAAGGUAAUUAUCCAUGUGCGUGCCACCAGUGCUGCCAAAGGCCUAGCUCGAGUCGUGGCUGCAGCAACUUUGGCAAAGUGGUGGUCGCCGUCUUACACGGAUCGGAUCGAGUGCUGGCCAGGAGACUUGAAGGAACCCCAACUUGGUUUGCAUCCAGACCACUGGCGGAUUUUGUGUGGAACAUCGGGCACAGAGUCCCGGGUUACCUCGAUCAUCCACAAUGGAGCUGCUGUUCAGUGGCAGGCGCCCUACCAAGCACUCAAGGCCGCCAACGUUGACUCAACCGUGGAUUUGUUGACAGCUGCCUCGCAGUGGUCUGAGCCUGGCAGUUUCACUUUCGUCUCUGGUGGGUUAAAGAGAUCGCCUGAGGAGGACUUUGACACAUUCUUGAGAUCUCUCGAGCAGGCGAAUGGCUAUAGCCAGAGUAAAUUCAUUGCCGAAGAGCUAGUUUCGCGCUUUGGAAGCCAUCAGUCGCUGCACCGCGUGUCGAUCGUGCGCCCAGGCUGGGUCAUCGGCACAGCGCAAGAAGCUGUCCCCAACACGGAUGACUUUUUAUGGACAUUGGUUCAGGCUUGUAUACAGAUUGGAUCUUACCCUGCCGAGGGAGGAGAUCUCUGGCUCGCAGUUGCAGACGUGGAAGAAGUUUCGACUCGUGUCUUAGCCACAACAUUUGCUGCUAGCGGCGACUCCCCCUCCAUCGAGAAUGUGGAAAACGGAACCACUGUGUCACACUUCUGGGAGUUGAUCAAAGAGCAGACAGGCAAGGAGCUGAAAGCCAUCAGCAAUGAGAGCUGGAAAGAAGCUGCACAGAACUUUGUUCGAGAUGGGCGGUCGGGCCAGGACCAGUUCCUGCCUAUAUUGGCUAUGCUGCAGGAUCCCCAGAUGAGCUUUGGCGUGAAGCAACCAUCCCAAAUCACUUCUAUCAAACAGGUCGACGGUGCAUUGAAGAGUAAUAUUCAGUCACUUGUUGACGCGGGUUUCUUUUCUGGUGCAGAGACCUUUUCUCCAAAUGCGUCCAAGCUGUUCUCCCGGUCUCGGGUCAAUAAGUCGUCGCCGGACUACGUUUGA